UUCAGGUCAGACUCUGCGGAGGAGGCGAGCGCGCGCGCAAUCGUGCGACAUCACGACGACGAAUCGAGUGUUGCGCCGCCUUUGUAGAACAAUCUCUCAGAAGUCGUUGGCAAAAGGUCGUCUCGGUUUUCGAGGCUGCACGGGUGUAGUUGUGACGAGGUACGUGUGCCCACCGCCGAAUCGCUCGGGUCGACCUGGCUCUGCUGAGUUUCGCACGCGAUCACUUAGUAGACUGCUGGGAGCAACCGCGAAUCGAUCGCACCUCGAACUCUCGAACGGAAGGUGUCUCCGCUCGGGUUCAGAUUUUCAUGGAUUAGUUAACGUGUAACCGUCGCCCCGAUAAGCUCGCUGUUCUGGAAGUGGUGCGGUUCUUACUGGUGGUGCAGUUGUUUGCCGAAACGGUGUUCUCAGUGAAGUGUUCGGAGUUUUUGUGCUUUCUACAAACAUUGUAUGGGUGAUGCAAGGUAGUUAGUUCGUAGUCAAAGUUUAAUUGGUUUGCAGUUUUUUGAAGUGUCGGAAAAGAACUAUUAUGCUUGGCAGUGAACACUGUGGGAGAAAGUGAAUCGAUUUUCUUCUCGAGAAGAGACGCAGCUUUUCGAUAAGCGAACCAAAGUGUUUUGCCUCUUUCAACUGCAUCAACAACGUGGUUCACCCUUUUCUUUGCCACUCAGUUGGUCAGCACGCGUGCGUUGAAAUAAAAGUGAAGUUUUGCACUUUUUCUUCGCGGCCAGUGAAGGCAAAAUAAACUACUAAUAAAAAUAUACACAUAAACGUACAGCUCGGUUUGAGCCUCGCUGCGCUGCACGAACUGCGUGGAAACAUAGGAACGGUUUGGACGGUUAGUAAAACCAGCUGAGAGUGACCGUUUGUGAAACAAGUUACUUAGCAGUUCGACGCAGCUCCAUUUUUUCACAUCUCCAUCGCAACGAAAAAAAAAGUAUCAACAUACACUCGGUGCUGGAAAUAGUCUCUCGAGCUCACCCCGAAUACGAGACUUGUGCGAUCAUCAGUUCCGCGAUGCAAUGAGAAAGAUUUCACCUUCUACCCAUCCACCCCCGAACGGAUUUCUUCCUAGCUGAAAGUGUUUUAUUCCGUAAAAUUAAAUGCAAAACAAAACGGUGGAAAUAAUAAAAAUCAAAACUGGAAUUAUUUAACACAUCAGAAAAGUGAAGCAGUGUGCAAGUGGAGGUUGCAAAAGCAGAAGCGCAGAAAGUGAACCAAUUAGGGGCUUAAAACUAAACAAGAUCGGCCCCGGAGACCGCUGACAGACUGACGGUUUUCCAUCCCCUUUCUUCUGUCGAUGGCAAACUUUACGUAAUUCUCUUCUGUUUUCGUAGCCGGGACCGGUGACGAAGGAAAACGAAAGACGCCUGACCAGACCACGACCCAUCGCGAUGGUCUGAAAUCGAAACCGGAGGCAAAGUGACGAAGAGCAGAAAAAGUUAUGGGAAGUGUUCGAUUAGUGGGAAAUUAGAUAAAUAUUGUUGUUUUUUGCGAAAAAAAACCUUCACACUUAGGGUAAGAAGUGGUGAAAAUAGAGAAGAAAAUAAUAAUUUGAUUAAGUGAAAACGUUGCAGAAGCGAAACAGGAGGGCAAAAAACCAACAUCCGAGAGUGACCGAGAUCAAGUAUGGGUAAAUUGUUAGUUUUCGCAUGAGCUGAGGGACAAUAGAACACCGAGUGGAUGAUUGAAAGUGCAACGGAAAACCGGAGCAUUUGAAGGAGUUGAUUUGGUGGAAUAGUGUUUGAUAUGGAAACAGUGAAUUGAUUGAUCGAAAGGAAAUUUUGUCGGUCGGUGGUUUCGUGAUUUUAACAAUCUUUCGGUUCAAACAGCGCAGAAAAGUGGUGCCUGGUGGCGAAAAUUACGGAGAAAUAACUCAUCAAUGAUCAUCGAUUUUGGUGUUUGAUUGAAAAAUACCCCCACCGCCAAGAUGACGCGGCUUGGCUUCUACAUAGCGGCGUCAUGGACAAUAUUUUGCACCUACAGUUUUGCCAUGCCAGAUAUCCACCGACAGAUGUCCACGGCCCAGCUGCAGGAGGUUUUUCACGUGGACCAUCCCGACGCGGUGCCAAACUACGAGUUAGUCCAGUUGACACACCACACCAAUCAACCGGCGUUGCACAAACGGCGUAAACGAUCAAUAGAGACAGAUACCAGUCCAGGAGGAAGUGGUAAUGGCCUUUUACAGCCGGGUGACCCGGGACACCACCACGUGAAGAAAGAUUUGAGCAAAGUGAGGUUUAGUGAGAAAGUAAGUGAAAGCCUAGUUCCGGCGAAGAAACGAAAGGCGGCUCCGGCCGCCAGUAACAGCAGCAUCGAGCAGGAACCGAUCCUGCCGGAAAUGCUACCACAGCAGCCAAACCGAGCGCCAGCUGCUGACGAAAGUGAUAGUGAUAGCAAUAAGAUUAGUGAUGUUAGCAUUCGUGACAUCAAAAAGCAUAAGGUGUCAUUCAGUGCGUUCGGUGAAGACGUUAAUCUGACGCUGGCGAAAACCGAAGGGUUAUUCCAAGAUGGCGCACAUUCGUUGCGAAUGUGGAAUGUGAGGGUUGAUCCCAACGCGACCCAGGGUCUCGUGUACGAGGAGAUACAUGAAGAGAAUCCACCAGCAGAAGACUCAUUUGGUAAUAUUUACCAAGAUCAGCAGAAAAUGGCUGCAAUAUUGAUGCGAAAGCAUCUGGAGAGCGGCGAUCUUAUGAUGGAAGGUAGUAUAGGACACCAACUUGUGAUAAAACCAGUGCCAACCGAAAUCUCCCAGGCGGAGGAUGGUAGCGUUCAUCAUGUUAUUUAUAAGCGAACAGUGUCAGAAGAGGAUCAAAACGAUGAAACUAGUGAUUAUGCAUUCAUGGAGCCGGACCGGCUGCAAAAGCGAUUUCGCACCAAGCGAAGUCCACAGGAGUAUUACAAAUCGUCGCGGGCGAUCGAUACCACCAUCUAUCCGGAAAUUCUGGUGAUAGUGGAUUACGACGGUUACCGGUUACACGGUGGAGACAACGUUCAGGUAAAGCGAUACUUCGUCUCGUUCUGGAACGGCGUGGACCUGCGGUAUCGACUGCUGAAGGGACCGAGGAUUCGCAUCAGCAUUGCCGGGAUCAUCAUCUCGCGGGGUCGCGAUGCCACUCCGUACCUGGAACGGAAUCGAGUAGGACGCGAUGCAAUCGAUUCUGCCGCUGCCCUCACCGACAUGGGCAAGUAUCUAUUCCGAGAGCGAAGACUGCCGGUGUACGACAUUGCGGUUGCCAUCACGAAACUAGAUAUGUGUAGAAGACAGUAUGCAAAUGACGCGUGUAAUCGCGGUACCGCAGGCUUCGCAUACGUCGGAGGCGCCUGCGUCGUGAACAAGCGGCUGGAGAAGGUCAACAGCGUUGCCAUCAUCGAGGAUACCGGCGGUUUCAGCGGUAUUAUUGUGGCAGCCCAUGAAGUUGGUCAUUUGCUUGGGGCAGUGCAUGACGGAUCACCGCCACCGAGCUACCUCGGAGGUCCGGGAGCGGAAAAGUGCCGCUGGGAGGAUGGUUACAUCAUGUCCGAUCUGCGUCAUACCGAUCGGGGCUUCCGCUGGUCACCAUGCAGUGUUCAAAGCUUUCAUCAUUUCCUCAAUGGUGACACCGCAAGUUGCCUACACAAUCCACCUCACGAAGACGAGGCGCUGGGUCGGGCCCUACCUGGAACAUUAAUGACACUGGACGCACAGUGCCGUCGAGAUCGUGGGACUUCGGCCUGUUUCAAGGAUGAACGAGUUUGCGCUCAGUUGUUCUGCUUUGACUCAGCCAGCGGGUACUGCGUUGCAUACCGACCCGCCGCCGAAGGGUCCACCUGCGGUGAUGGACAACACUGUUUGGAUGGUAGAUGUGUAGCCGAACAUGAGAACAUAAUUCCAGACUACUCGCAACAUACGCCGUCGUACGCGAGGUUCAACCAGCAAGCUGUUAAAUAUAACUAUGACGACAAGUCGGGUCAACAGGAAGAUUAUAGUGAACCAUCUAGUAGCACGACGUCUACAACAGCCAGCACUGCCAGCACCACAACAACGACAACCUCCUCCACAACAACAACCACCACCACCACCACAACAAGCACACCACCACCGCCGCCACCGACUUCGACGAGGAACUAUUACCAAUAUUUCAACCACAAAUCCACGAUGGAUGAUGAGGACCAACGAUACAAGAAUUUCAUGAAUGCCAUCAAACGAAAGCGAUUACAACAUCUGAAGGAGCAGCUGCAGCAGCAGGAAAUCGUCAGCAAUCAGCAGUGACCGAGAGGAAAAACAAAUCACACAAACAAUCCAAAAUAGGCUUUAAUUUACGGCGGAGACUGACCGAGUCCUGGCUGCUAACUGAGACUCCACAAUUGUAUGAUAGCAUUUUAUACCGCGAGGUGAACAGAGAUCCAGUCUGUUACUAUUUUUUUUCAACUUCUAUGUUCAACCACCACCUACUUAUACAUAAUGUCCUUUCGGAAACGUACGACAGGAAGCGAGUAUCGGUGAAAGAUCAUUCAACGUUUUCACAUAUCACGCGCAGCAUCACACAUUUCCAAACCAUUCGUGUAGGACUAACUAAAGUAAAGCAAAAAUUAUACACUAUAAGACGACAUAAUUGUAUAUGUAGGAGGAAAAUCGAGUAAUUAGCGAAUAGUGAUGAGUGAUGGAAGAAAACAUACUUUAAAUUAUGAAGCAAAACAUUCAAAACAAUGUGAUAUCCAAUUGUGCAAAUAGGCGAAAGAACUAUAACUUCGAAUGCAAGGUAGUGUAAAGAGUCUUAUUGUUAGUUAUUUUAGUAUUAAGAAACGUGGCAUAAUUUUUGAUAAAUUAUGUAUCAAUUUCAAAUUAGUGCCUUAAGAAAGCCGUACAACAAAUGUGAGUAAACGAAACAAUCGACACAAUAUAGAUCGGCUGAGGAUGUUCAGCCAAAAAAAAAACAUACCCAGAAUUGACCAACCACAGCCUAGUGGUUAAGUGGUAAAGAUGAGUUCAAAACCAGAAAUAAAUGUUUCAGAAAAUUCUAGCAAAAAAAAAUAAAAAAAUAUCAAACCGCAAAUCGCAACCUAUUUUAACAAGUUGUAACUAUUUAUUACGGAUGAUAUUCAUCACAUUUUCGGUCAAUUGAUACGUCUGGUUCAGUUGAGAUACUCAAACAAUACACACAUCGCUUACUUGAAAACUGCUAAAUCUAUCGAUACAAAUCAAUAAAACAAACUUUCAUUUGA